GCCUCCCAUAUUUGUUUGGCAACAGCCGCUUGUAUAACCGCAGCUUAACUAAAUAUCGAUUUUUCUGCUAGGAAAACAAACAUAUCUCUUAUUUAAGUGAGCGCAGACUGGAUACCGGUCCUCUCUCUUCGUGACAACACACGGGGUCAACAUGGUGGUCGGUUUCCAGUGUUACCCGCUAAUCCUGUGCUUCUCCCUGGCCGUCGUGCUGGGCUCAGUGCUCGGGCUCGGUGAGGACCUCGACCGGCCUCUCAUCGGGCCUCCCGGCUCUCCUAUCCGGCUGCACGAGUCCGACCCGGGCCUUAAGAAAGCCCUGGUUUUCGCAGAGGAGCGAUACAACCGGGGGUCCAACGCCAUGCACCUCCGCAGAGUCAGCCGGGUCAUCUCUGCCACCAAACAGCUGGUCAAAGGAAUCCGUUACACAAUAACAGUGGAGCUGAGUAACACUCAGUGUAAGAAGGCUGCCAUGCUCAGGACAUGUGACUUCUAUCCCGAGUCAAAGCAGCUCAAGACAGAGGUGUGUGUCUUCGAAGUGUGGGACAUCCCUUGGCAGGGCACAUCAACCUUGCUCAAGCAGAAGUGUCAGCCUAAAGUCGAAUCUGAAGUAGAAGAGACCAACAAGGUAGAGGAUCCAUCCACCAGCCAGCCUCUGGAGGAGUCUGUGGAGCUGCUGGGCCAGUUUAAAGAGUUCAUGGUUAAAUAUAAUAAGGUCUACAGCAGUCAGGAGGAAGCAGACCGUCGUUUGCGUAUCUUCCACGAGAACCUGAAGACUGCUGAGAAGCUUCAGUCUUUGGAUCAAGGUUCAGCUGAGUACGGAGUCACCAAGUUCAGCGACCUCACCGAGGAGGAGUUUCGCUCUACAUACUUAAACCCACUGCUGAGUCAGUGGACUCUCCACCGACCAAUGAAACCAGCUACUCCCGCUAAAGGCCCUGCCCCUGACAGCUGGGAUUGGCGGGAUCACGGAGCUGUCAGUGUGGUUAAGAACCAGGGGAUGUGCGGAUCUUGCUGGGCGUUUUCUGUCAUAGGAAACAUUGAAGGCCAGUGGUUCCUGAAAAAUGGAACGUUACUGUCACUUUCCGAACAAGAACUGGUUGACUGUGAUGGGCUGGACCAGGCAUGCAGAGGCGGGCUUCCAUCAAAUGCUUACGAAGCUAUCGAGAAGCUGGGUGGUCUGGAGACUGAGAGUGACUACUCCUACACCGGGCACAAGCAGAGGUGUGACUUCACCGCGAGGAAGGUGGCCGCCUACAUCAACAGCUCUGUGGAGCUGUCCAAAGAUGAGAAGGAAGUCGCAGCUUGGCUGGCUGAGAAUGGGCCAAUCUCUGUUGCUCUGAAUGCUUUUGCAAUGCAGUUCUACAGGAAGGGUGUAUCUCACCCUUUGAAGAUUUUCUGCAACCCCUGGAUGAUCGACCACGCUGUGCUGUUAGUGGGAUACGGAGAACGUAAAGGUAUCCCAUUCUGGGCCAUCAAAAACAGCUGGGGGGAGGAUUACGGAGAGCAGGGUUACUACUACCUGUACAGGGGGUCCAAUGCAUGUGGGAUCAACAGGAUGUGCUCAUCUGCUGUAGUCAACUAAACUCAACACCUCCUACAGAUGUUCACACAUCAUCAUACUACAUGUACAUGUCUGCUGCCAGCUGACCCCCACCCCCUCAUCAGCUAUCCAAAAGUGCACAAAAGCUCAAAGUCACACGCACACACAUGAAGUCCUGCUGAUGUUUCAUUUCCGUUAGACCAAACCAGUGUUUUACCAGCUCUAAUAAAACCAGCUUUGAUGUGAUACUGAAACUUCCUCAUAAUUUCAUCAAAUUAGAUUAGAUUUACUUAUUUCAUUCCAUUGCUCCUGCAACCAGCUAAUAAUGAUUGAUGUGUUUUAGGUAACAGCUUGUAAGUUCUCUUUCCUCGCAGCAAUGGAGCCCAUGGUCAGAGUGGUGAGCUCAUGUAUGUACUUGAAGGAGUUUUUUAGGCUCUGAUUUUAGAGUGGUUUACUGCACAUGUUCAGUUUUGUGCAAUGUAAUUGCAAUAAUAGCUGUAAAACUGUGAAACAGGAAUGACAAAAGCUGAAUAAAAAAACUGUGGAAUCCA